UAGGCCCCGCCCCUGAGAGUCCUGCCCCCAGACGCCGGAAGCGCCUGCGCUGGGCUGCGGAGUCGCGGGGCUGCGCGCCCUUGGACCAUGGCGACCCAGGCGAAGCGCCGGCGGGUGAGUUGUGGCGGCAGACGCAGGAGCACCCCUCUCCGCCGCGCCUCGCCGCUUCCCCGUCCGCAGCGCCGUCCCGCACGCGGCUGCGCGGCCUGCCGCGGGUCAUUUGCCGCACUCCACAUCCCCUCCCCCAACCCCGGCCCUUCCUCCGCGCGCGCCGCCGUCUUCUCCGCCCCCAGCGAGCUCUUCCGGGCGGGGCAACGCCACUGCGCUUGCUUAUCUCAGGUGGCAGGGCUUGCGGGCAGCGAGGACCCGGCCCCGGUGGCCAGCUUCCUGAGCUGGUGCCGGCGGGUAGGACUGGAGCUGAGUCCCAAGGUGGCGGUGAGCCGGCAGGGCACGGUGGCCGGCUACGGCAUGGUGGCCCGGGAGAGCGUGCAGCCCGGGGAGCUGCUGUUCGCGGUGCCGCGGGCCGCACUUCUGUCGCAGCACACCUGCUCAAUCAGCGGCCUGCUGGAGCGAGAGCGAGGCGCGCUGCAGAGCCAGUCGGGAUGGGUGCCGCUGCUGCUGGCGCUGCUGCACGAGCUGCAGGCCCCGGCCUCGCCCUGGAGCCCCUACUUUGCGCUGUGGCCCGAGCUGGGCCGCUUGGAGCACCCCAUGUUCUGGCCAGAGGAGGAGCGCUGGCGAUUGCUGCAGGGCACCGGCGUACCCGAGGCUGUGGAGAAGGAUUUGGCCAACAUCCGCAGCGAGUAUUAUUCCAUCGUGCUGCCCUUCAUGGAAGCCCACCCCGAUCUUUUCAGCCCCAGGGUUCGCUCUCUGGAACUCUACCGCCAGCUCGUGGCUCUUGUGAUGGCCUACAGCUUUCAGGAACCACUGGAGGAAGAGGAUGAUGAAAAGGAGCCAAACUCCCCUUUGAUGGUGCCUGCUGCAGACGUACUAAACCACUUAGCCAAUCACAAUGCCAAUCUAGAAUACUCUCCAAAUUGUCUUCGGAUGGUGGCCACUCAGCCCAUUCCUAAAGGCCAUGAGAUUUUCAACACUUAUGGGCAAAUGGCUAACUGGCAGUUGAUUCACAUGUAUGGCUUUACUGAACCGUAUCCUGACAACACGGAUGACACGGCUGACAUUCAGAUGGUGACGGUUCGUGAAGCAGCGUUACAGGGAACAAAAGUUGAAGCUGAAAGGCUCCUACUGUAUGAACGCUGGGAUUUCUUAUGCAAACUGGAGAUGGUAGGGGAAGAGGGAGCCUUUGUGAUUGGGCGGGAAGAAGUGCUGACAGAAGAGGAACUGGCCAUGACACUCAAGGUACUGUGCAUGCCUGCUGAGGAGUUCAGAGAAUUUAAAGACCAGGAUGGAUGGGGAGAUGAUAAAAGGGAAGAGGACAGCCUGACAAUCACAAAUAUCCCCAAACUCAAAGCAUCAUGGAGACAGCUUCUUCGGGACAGUGUUUUAUUGACCCUGCAAACUUAUGCCACAGACUUAAAAACCGAGCAAGAUUUACUCAGUAGUAAGGAGGUCUACGCCACACUCAGCUGGAGGGAACAGCAAGCCUUACAGGUUCGUUAUGGUCAGAAGAUGAUCUUACACCAAUUGUUGGAACUGACUAACUAGCAGGUUCCCUUUUUCCUGAAGGAAUGUCCAGGAGAAGAACUUUCUGCUAAGCUGGUACACAUUGAUGCUUGAAAAGAAGGAUAAUUUGGACCUUUUGUUUUGCAUUUCAUACUAAAUACCAAAAGGAAAAGUAGCAAAACUGUUGUCUAGGAUGAAUUCCAAGGUAAGAGUGACAUGCUGAAGGAUUUGGGAACAGUAGAUGUGGGAACUGCUGCUUAUUGUUAUGAACACUAAUAAAUUUUGUAGCUGUUUGGUUCUCAGCUUGAUCCAAAGUUAGCAGAAAUGUGAUAGUGAUAACAUUUUGUUGUAGUCUGGCAUUUAAUAACAUGGACUUUGAAAGUAGACCUGGUUCAAAUCCAGGUCUAUUUUGAAGAAGUCACUUUCCCUUAGUUAACAACUGUUUCCUGUUGGAAGAUUUAAUAAGCUGUGUCACUGGGACUCUGAGCAAUUGUUUAAAUUCCUUAAGCAGCCUAGAUGGCACAACUCACCCUUAAGAGACACCAAUGACAUUCAAGUCCCCAUGUAAGAUUUCUAUUUAAUCUUGAACCUUUUUGUCCUCUCUGGCCAUAAAACUUGACAGUCAUGAAAGGUAAGGUAUAUAUUAGGUAAGUUUUAAAUACAUACCUACUCCUUUUCUUUUAGAAAUUAUAUCUAAUGUUGUAAAGCAAUUAUACUCCAAUAAAGAUGUUAAUACUGAAACAC